GCAAAAAAAUUCCGCAGCCACAGGGUCGAGCAGCGAGAAUCCGAGAGGCAGGAGGGGGAAGAAGGCAGCGAUUUGCAAACUGCUUCUCUCUCUCUCUCUCUCUCCUUUCCCCCCCCCCUCCCCCUUUGCAAUUCAUUGUUUGCAUUGGAUACUUUUCUGUUGCAAGUUAACAUUUGCUAUUUAUUGUUACUGUUGCUCAUAAUCAUCGUUAUUAAUUAAUAACAUAGCAUUCUUUUCCACCCCCCUCCCCUCCCCUCCCCACCUUCCUUGCAACCUCUUCUGUGUCGGCCAGUAACCCGUUCCCCGGGCCAUGUCUGCAGAAGUGGAGACCCUGCCUGUUGCUCCGGCCGAGGAGGAGGAAGAGGAAGAGGAAAGUCCGGCCAAGAAGGCGGGUUCCAAGAGGAAGAAGUCGGGCAAAGGCAAGAACCAGCAAGGCAAGUACAGCGCGCUGCUGGUGGAGAUCGUGCAGCGGCUGGGCGCCCGCAACGGCUCCUCCCUGGCCACCAUCUACAAGGAAGCCAAGACCGUGCCCUGGUUCAACGAGCGGCAGGGUCGCACCUACCUGCGCUACGCCCUGCGAGCCCUGGUCCUCAACGGCACCCUCAACCAGGUGAAGGGCAAAGGGGCCAACGGCUCCUUCAAGAUCACCAAGAAAGGGGAAGCCGGGCAGGCAGCCAAGAAGAAAAAGAAAUCCUCCUCCUCCUCCUCUUCUUCCUCCGGCGGCGGCGGCGGCGGCGGCUCCUCCGCUAAAUCCCACAAGAAAGGCGCGUCCAGCAAGAAGAAGGCGGAGAGCAGGAAGAACCCAAAGAGUCGCUCCAGCGGCGGCGGCGGCGGCGGCAGCAGCAGCAACAAGGACAGGAGUAAGAGCAAGAAAGGCAAAGGAAGCAGCAAGGGAUCCAAGAAAGCUUAGAAACGACUUUGGCCUGUGUGUGUGUGUGUGUGUGUUUCUCCUCGUCUGUUGUUGCAAAAAUUUAAAAACAAAAAAUUUGCAGCUGA